GGGUAGACAGAGUCAGCAGUUUUAAAAGACUGACAGGCCACCUUCAGCUGAUAGGCUUAAUAAUCUCAAUUCUAGAUUCAAAUAGUGACAGGUGGCUAGCCCAUCGCCUAAAAGUAGAAUUCCAAGUUUAUAAGCCUAACCUUUAGUCGCCUUUUACGACACCCAUGGGAAAGAAAUGAAGUGGCUCUUUCCUUUUUUAUAUUGGCGCCGGGAACCACACGGCACGUUUAGAAUUUUAUGGGCUCCAAAUGCGUUACGGUUGACGGUGCUCCCGGGAAUACGCAAAGAUUAGAGGAAUUAAGUUUUAGUGUAUGUAUCCAUUGUAAGAAAUGGACCUGUAAACGAGCUAUAAAAAUUGCAACAUGAUGGCAAUUAAUUUACGAGGAAAAUGUGAUAUUGUCGACAAUAUUGUUGAUAUAGUUCAGUUAAUUUGCAACUACACCCUAGUUGCUUGUCGUGAAAGAAGCUCGUUUAGAGGCAUCUUUAGGAACAUUAGAAAAAUAUCCAAUUUCUAAAAACAAACAAGGAAAAUAAUAGUCGAUUUCAAUUAAAUAUAGCGUUAUCGAUGUAUGCCGAUUAAUUAUUAGUGGAUUUGUUGAAAUAAUUGCAUUGAAAUCACUACGCUGCGGUUAUAUGUCACUGUCUUAAAUUUGACAGCUAUCAUUUUCCGAACAAAACAAAAACCAGGCGAACUUUUUUGGUUUAAUUUGUUGAUAUCGAAAGUAUCUAGGUUUUUAAAUUAUAAGAAGCGAUGUUUCCUACUAAAAAGUUACGUUAAAUUGUGAGGGAGUGAUAUUGUCUUGUUUGAUUCUUUUUGAAGUUCAAAUGGCUGACCUACAAGAGUUUAUUGAAGACAUAACUACUAAGGAGAAAAACUUCUGUGCUGUCUGUUUUAGGACAGAAAAUGAUCGCAAAUUAGUUGAACCUAUUCACCUAUCAAAUUUUAUCAAACUAACCUCCUUGGAACCGUUUUCGAGGAAAGAGUACGUCUGCAUAUUCUGUGAAAACCAAGCGUCUGUGGCGUUGAAACUUUACAACACACUGAGCUACGCGCGCCACGUGACAGACGUGCUGUAUUCACUCAUUGACAAGAAGGUCAUGACGCCAAAGAGUAUCGCCUACCUGCUGCCCACUAAGAUACGGAGUAAGCACUUAGGUCCGGUGUCCAUCAAACGCAAGAAGCUGCUGUCGUCGCUGCGCAGAUACCAGGCGCUCGCGCAAACCGCCGUGCUCAUUGUGGACGCGACGGGCGUGGGGGAACUGCAAAACAUAAACAAUAACGAGACCAUAACAAUUGAAGAAGAGGCGACGCCGCGCGCUGGUGUACCGAGACUGGUUCCUAUAAACAAUCUCUUACACGUCCCAUCGCAACAGCCCGUGGACAAUGUCUUGUUGUACCCAAUGAGCAUGAUCAAUGGAAAUAAAAUACUGUUUCUGUCGAACAAUUUCUACCAUGCAAACAACAGUAACCUACCAAUUUUACUACCAGAUGGUAGGAUAGUGGCAACACCGCAGAGUGGCGGCGGCCAACUGAUACUUCAAGAUGCCCGCGUGAGUUCCCUGGUGAAUGUGAACGCGGAGGAUAUUUUAUCACCGGAUAGAAAGAAGGCCACUAGUGAUGUAGAUAAUGUGAAAAAGACAAAAUUCGUUCCAAAAAUCGAUGUGAGAAACGAGGUGACUGAUGAUUUUGCUCAAGUAACCAAAGUCAACAGUGGGAGUGCAAUGGCAGACAGUGAUAUGUGCAAGAUAACGAAUUUGAGAAGUUUGAAAGACAAGGGAGGGCUUGAGACGCCGUCAGUACUAAAAAGAGCGGAUCCCAGUAUAGAUUGGGAAGAUAAAAUACCAAUGGACGUUAUAUCUUUUAUGGACGCGAACGACCCAAACGCCUCGGAUAUCAAUAAGGCGUUCAACAGAAAGUCGGCACGUACUCACAUACACACACACGCACAAGGUUCCCCGCCCCAACUCGCUGCCCGCACGGUGCCAGCGAAUGUAGAACAAAAGCAGGUGGACGCGAACGCUAUUCUACAAAAGUUGGAAUCGCGGCCGGAGAGCAAUUUCAAUGUUUUUCAGCAAACGCUAGAUUUACUGGAGCCGAGGAAGAGGGGGCCGAGGAUGUCGUGCUCGAGGAAACGGAAAUGUGAGGACGACGAUGACGUCAUUAUACUUUAAGUGUUUGUGCAAAAAGUGCAGUGAAUAUUGCAGUGAAACCAGAAAUAUAGCAGACUAAAGUGAAAUAUAAACCGACCUAUUUUAGAAGAUGUAAAAUAAUAAAGAAUCCAUAUAUCCAUAUAGAAUGGCUACUUAACGUAGUUGGGUUAUACUAUCUUUUUAACUCAAAAAAAGUUACCAGUAAUUUUUUUUUAUUAUGCAUUAUGUCCGCCAGUACACACACAUUGGUAACAAAAAAAGAUACUACGAAUUAGUUUUUCAUCUCGUUCUAAGAGCGAAAGAGUUGAAAAGAGUCAGAAUUUUCAAUAUAAGGAACAUUGAAAAUUCUAACUUUGUCAUAAUUCAAAAUGUCCCCGAAUGACGUUUCUGUUGAUUAAUGCCAGUGAGAAAGAAACAGAACUUUUCAAUAUAACUUCUUAAGUCCCUUCUUAGGUCUCUGAAUUGCGCAAAUUGAAAAAUUUUUGGGUCGUGUUUCCCGUCUUAAGUUUGCGAGUCUCGAAUGUGUCGUUUGUGUGGUGGUUUCCCCUGUUAAGAAAGGUCACAGAGGUUAGACGGAAUGAGACCUUAAUUCCUGAUCUGACCAUUAUCGUAAUCAUAGUACCCUGGGCACUCCAGGGAAGCCACAACCGAGACAAAUGCCAGGGGAAUGAAAUAUUUUCAUUCUUCUCGUAGUGUUUCAGUAUAUUGCUUGUGUCUACGGGGUCAACUGAGUGUAAAUAUAGCACGACAAUAAAUUUCUAUUAACUAUAAUAAUGAGUUAUUAUUUAAAAAUGUAUAAAGCUAGCUGUAAAGCAAGAUGUUAAUCUGAUUUAAUUAAGUACGCUAUGUAAGUUUAAAUUAGCUUUAAGUUUACAAUUUUAAUUUUAAUUAAGUUAACCUGUAUAUAUAAAAAGUAAUACUUAUAUAGUAAAUAAUAACAAAUAAAAAAUAAUAAUAAAAAUAUAAAAGGAUAUCUUUAUAUACCUAUAUGAUUUUGUUUUUGGAGAUUUCAAAGUAAAGAAAAUAUGUAUCUAGUUCUUCUUUGGCUCUGUCACGCGAUUAAUUGUGGACAGCGUCAUCCGCAUGUUUCACUUUAUGAAAUAGUGACUGAUUGACAAACCUGGGAUUGUAAUUCCCAGUAGUCCCAUCUACAUGUCCUUCCCUAGACCACAUUGCUAAUGUGGUUGCUAAUGUGGUCUAGGGAAGGAUUCUUCAAAAUUCAUUCCCUGAAUAAAUGUUUUUAUGA